AUGCAGCAGCCCGUCGAGGAGCAACAGCCUGUCGAUUCUACAAUUCCUCCCACAAAUGAACAAUCUGAAGAAGGCCUUUCGACUCAUAAAAGAAAAAGAGGUAGAACGCAAAUGCAUAGGGUGCAUAGCCGACAUGAGCGUAAAUUGAUCCUACUGAAUAGGCUCAAUCAACCUAUUGGUCCCACUGAAGAUGUUGUAAUAGCGUUUGGUAGCUUCCUCGGUACAUUAGCGAGGACUGCGACCCUUUGCCCAUUUGAUAUACUUGAUUGGAGGAAAAUGGACACAAAAGAUGAUUUAUGGACAUAUACCAAGGAGAAAUAUGAUAUUCCUGAAGCUGGCAAAAAGUGGACUUUGAAAGCAAUUCAUGCUGCUUGGAGAAGGCAUAAAAGUGACUUGAAGAAACUUUGUUACAAACCAAAAGUCACUGAUGAAAUCAUAAUGGCAAAAAGUAUCACUACUGCUACUGCUUUCUUUUUUCUUGUAAUUUCUCUUCUUAUCUUCUUGUCUCUGUUGCAAUCUUUAUGUGUCAUAGAUAUAGUUGGCGGAAACAAGAGACCACUUAAAAUGUCUAAAACAAAUACUGAGAAUCGGAAGAAGUUGUUGAAUCCGCACAUAGUCGGUAAAAAAAGUUUCGCUGUAGUCCGCAAUAAAUUGGAAAAAACCAAGGGAAAUGUAUCACUUAAGGAGAUCUUUGUGGAAACAAGAGCAAGGAAACCCAGGCGCUUGUACAAGGAGUCAAAUGAAGACACAACUAGUAAAAUUGUUGAAAUGGAGGAAAUUGAAACACAACUAGGCAUAGAUGGUAGUCAGCCUGUUGAUACAUACUCAGCCGUUAUGGGUCCAGAACAUCCGGGACGUCUAAGACUAUAUGGACGGGGGGUUACAAAGACUUCUUUGAAAGGAAAAGCUGGAACUUUUGAACCAACUUCAAAUGCCACAAAUGAUGUAGUGCAAGAAAUGCAAGAAAGGAUCCAAAAAAUGGAGGAACAAAUGGAGGAACAAAUGGAGGAACAAAAGAGAACUAUGCGAGCAGAAGUUACUGCAGACAUUACUGCAAAAGUAGUUGAAAAACUCCAACGUGCAGGAUUAAUUAGUCCAGACAUGCUAGUAGCAUUGUGUGCUGCUUCACCGGGAGAAGCUACGUCUACACCACAAGCAGCUAGCAACAAUUAA